CGAUUAAUCGCGCAAUCUGACAGCUUUAGUUCGCCUGGCUGUUGCUUACACGAGAAUUUAUUGCCAUGUAGCAUUGUGCUAACUAGCGAGUACGUCUAAACACGCUUUUACACCUAGUUUUUCUUUUUUCCUGUCAGCUUUUUAACCAUGUUGAGUUCGACAUGGAAUUUCAUCAAACGCCAUAAGAGGAAAUUCAUCUUCACGGGAGUUUUUGUUGGAGGUGUGUAUCUACUUGGUAAAUAUGCACAGAGAAAAAUUCAGGAGAUACAAGAGCGAGAGGCAGCAGAAUAUAUUGCUCAAGCUCGGAGACAGUUUCAUUUUGAUAGUAACCAAAGGACGUGUAACAUGACAGUGUUAUCAAUGCUUCCCACUUUAAGAGAGGCAAUCAUACAUCAUCUCAACUCAGACAGCCUCACUUCUUUGCUGAAGACCAAGCCAGCCAAUAAGCUCGAAAUCUGGGAGGAUCUAAAGAUAAUCAGUUUUACCCGCAGCAUUGUUGCUAUUUACAGCACUUGCAUGUUGGUGGUCUUGCUGCGAGUACAACUUAACAUAAUUGGAGGCUAUCUGUACCUGGACAACUCCGUGUCAAAGAACGGAACGACCCCUUUAGCCCCUCCUGAUGUCCAGCAACAAUAUUUGUCAAGUAUUCAACAUCUUCUUGGAGAAGGGCUCAUUGAACUGAUAACUGUGGUUAAGAAAGCUGUCCAGGAAGUUCUCGGACCGGUGUCGCUAAAGCAGUGUUUAUCCCUGCAAGAUUUGGAACAACAGUUAACUCACAUCAGACAGGUAGUCGAAGACAACUGUGCUUCCUCGAAACACAAGAGUCUUUCCUGGUACAUGAUGCCUGAUGAAGAGAACACGCUAGCGUCACAGGCCUGUGGUCUGACAGAGAAUGAUGUCACAACGAUAAAACUGCUUAAUGAAACAAGAGAUUUGCUUGAAAGUCCGGACUUUAGUACUGUACUCAGUACAUGCUUGACUCGGGGCUUCGCCCGAUUCCUUGACAACAUGGCAGAGUUUUUCCGGCCCCCACAGGGAGACUCCAUCGCCUGCAGCUUACCUGAAACCUCAGUACUGUCUCCUGUAAGCCUCCCGCUUGCCAAAAUCAUCCCCAUCAUUAACGGACAGAUACAUUCAAUAUGCAGUGAAAUACCAAGUCACUUUGUCCAGGAUCUUUUGUUAAUAGACCAAGUAAAAGAGUUCUCCGCCAAUGUGUAUGAAACGUUUAGCACCCCCCAUGAACUUCAAAAGUGAGGACAGGAUCGAGCAAGACGCCUUACAAAUCUACUUUAAGCAGAGACUCUCAUCCUGUGCAGAAAAGACACCAUGUUUUGCAAUCUGCUGAGAGACAAGUGCGUGUUUUUUUCAUUCAGUAUGGGAUAGCUUCUUAUGACCUGCCAGCUGUCCUAUCUGUUUGUCGUGACCUCCCUAACAAAACAGGAUAGUUGCAAAUAACUGUCGAUCAUGUCCCAGGCAUGCCAAGGUUUUACAGGCUGUAAUGAACUGUAGUAUUUUAUUUAUUUUUAAUCCUUGUAGCAACAAUCUCAUUACUGUACAGAUAUGUCACUGACUAAUGAUAAAAUUGAUAAUCCAUGCGUUCAGACCUGCAUUGUGAACUUAAAAGGUGGAAUGGGUUUUUAUAGAUAAAAGAUUUUUGUGCUAACGUAAUUAAUUCUGCCAUUAUAGCCCCCCGAUUUCGUGCAUGACAGCACUUCGUCUUGUUAAAGGGGAGGUGCUUUUUCAGGAGCAUUUUCAUUUAGACUUUGAUUUGGGAUGCUUCUGAAUUUUUUGUGCAGGUUGUAGUAUACUACUCCUUUUGUAUGAUGACCCACGAAUGUCAAUGUUAAUAAAUAUGUGAGUAAUCUAUGAAUUAAAAUAACAUUAUUUGAUUAGAAAAGGGAGUGUUGUAGUAUCAAGAGAAAUUAUAAUACUGCGAUAUAUUGCCAUUUUGCAUUUAGCAGACGCUUUUAUCAAAAGCUUUUAAGAGUGAGGAAGACAAUUGUAUCAGCACAGCCCAUUGAUGACCCAACUUCCCUAUCUAUUGAAAUUCUCACAGGUCCCUCUAGGGGGCAGCACACAUUUAUAAUUGUGCAUAGCAACUGGAAAGCAUUUCUGUCUCAUCAUGUACUAAGAAAAAGCGUAUUAAUCAGUAAGUACACUUAAACAGGAAGAAAUGAAGUAAUAUCUGUCAGAAAGUUCACACAGCGUAUGAGGCCUGAACAUGAGGGAAGCAUAUGAUUUGAGACUGCUCUUUCACAAGACAUCAUCCUUUUGAUGCAACUUCCUUGUGCCCUAAAAGCCUGAACUUUACUUGGACUGAUAUGGAUGAAACUAUGUAUGCUGCCCCAUAGUGUGGGGUCAAUAAUAAAUGAAUUAUAAAGGUAACCAUCAACACUAAAUGAAUACCUCUGCACUGUAAAAAUGUGUUGCCGACAUUAAUUUUUCAGUUCAAGUCAUUUCAACUCACUAAUUUAAACCAUGGAUGAAUUGCUGUGACUUUAUUUUAAUCGUUUUGAGAAAUUAUUGUAAAAACAUGCUGCCAUGACUUAAUCAUCACAAUGUUUCACAGUCUAUGUGUCUUUUGAGUUGAAGGGUCACCCAAAAAUAAAAAUUCUGUCAUUAUUUACUCACCUUUUCUGUCAUUUCAAACCUGUAUGGCUUUCUUUCUUCCGCAGAACACAAAAGGAGAUAUUUAGAAAGAUGUUCAAAA